CGACCAGCCGACGAGGACGUGGACCCACGCGUGGGUUAGUUUUACAGAGACUUACGCGUGAGGGUAGGGUGACAGUAGAGUUCCUACAGGACUGCCUUAGACCUGUUGGGGAUAAUGUCAGGUUGUUUACAUCAGAGGUCGGUGUCUUAUGUCGAUCUCUGAUCCCUACCACCACCCCCCGUUGGGUAGACGUGACAGAUGAUGUGCGGCAGCACAUCCGUCAGCGCCUUACGGAUAAAUUUGUCUUGGAUUUGAGUGUUCCGUACAUUUCUCAUGUCGUCGAUGACAUGAUCAAGGAGCGGUUUAAGGAGUACCGCAGUGAUUUACACCAGCGGUACAAGCGGUGCAGGAGCCUCGAGGAGGCCGUAUUGACCGCACCGCCGCACGUGACCAUUGACGAUUGGCGGAUACUCUGUGAGAGAUUUUCGUCUGAGUCUUUUCAGAAGAGGAGCAAAAUAAAUUCUGCGAACAGGGGAAAGUUGGAAGUGAACCACAUAGCUGGUUCAAAGUCAUUUGUACAACUUCGUCGCGACAUGCGAGAUUCCGUCACUGGACAGGAGCCCGGACCAAUAGACUUCUACAGAAAGACUCAUUGUCGGCAGGCGACGGGAUCUUAGGUACAUCCUACAGCCAG